AAAGUCUUAUGAGAAGACGAGAGAAAGGGAGUGAAAAAGGAGCGCAUUUUGGGUUGGAAGCGUUGCUUUUAUUCUCUUCUCUCUCUCUCUCUCUCGCGGUUUCCUUCUUUGCUUCGCUUCCGUUGCGCCUCUGCGCUGCUUGUUUUGGUGUUCUUUCAAAGGGGUUUUCGCUCCGCCCGACGCCGAAAACCGAUCCCCACAACAACCUCGAAUCAUUGAAUCCCUUCCCCACCUCCUUUUUAUCGUCCGCCCCCCCCGAAAAGAUCCCUCAUCUAUCCGUUUGCUUGCUUCUCCUUCCGAUCCUUCCCCGAUUGGCUUCCGCCGCGGACUCGAUCUGUUCCGAUGAGUUCUUCCCCUGACCGCGCGGACUCUUCCAGCCCUUGUUGCGCCUUUUGGCGCGUCGGGUGAAAGGGUGGUGACCUCGGGCACUCGGGAUCGAUUUCUUGGACAUGGGUGACCAGCAGGACUGGCCGCCGCUGGCGAACGGCGGCUCUUCGGAAGGUUUUUCCCACCCGAUGCCGACGAAUCCUGACCCGUCGGCGGUCGGCCCUGGGAACUUGAUUCGCGCUGAGCAAGCCACCGCAGAUGUUCUGCGGUGCAUUCAGCCGACGGUGGUGUCCGAGCAGAGGCGGAAAGCCGUCGUGGAGUAUAUCCAGAAGCUUCUCAAGAGAUAUAUAGGCAUUGAGGUAUUUCCAUUUGGAUCAGUUCCACUGAAGACAUAUCUUCCUGAUGGAGAUAUUGAUCUGACUGCACUUAGUUUUCCAAAUUCUGAAGAUGCUUUGGCAAAUGAUGUGCGUUCUGUUCUUCAAUCAGAAGAACAGAACAAGGGUGCUGAGUUUGAAGUAAAGGAUGUUCAAUACAUUAAUGCUGAGGUUUUUCAUUCUUCUGGAAUUCUGUUUAUUGGUUGUUAUGAGGUCAAACUUGUUAAAUGCAUUGUUGAGAAUAUUGUAGUAGAUAUCUCAUUCAAUCAGAUUGGUGGACUUUGUACACUUUGCUUUCUCGAGAAGGUUGACCAGGAAAUUGGUAAGGACAAUCUCUUCAAGCGCAGUAUAAUAUUGAUAAAAACUUGGUGUUACUAUGAGAGUCGCAUCCUUGGUGCUCAUCAUGGUUUGAUUUCUACGUACGCAUUGGAAACGUUAGUGUUGUAUGUUUUUCACCUCUUCCAUGAAUCGCUAGAUGGUCCUUUGGCGGUUUUGUAUAGGUUUCUGGACUACUACAGCAAGUUCGAUUGGGACAAUUACUGUGUUAGUUUGCAGGGACCCAUUCCUGUUUCUUUUCUGCCAGAACUAGUAGUUGAGCCACUAGAGACUAACGGGGAUGAUUUACUGCUUUCGAAGGAAUUUAUUAAAGAAUGUAUCGACAUGUUCUCAGUUCCUCCAAGAUUUUCAGAGAGCUCUAGAAUAUUUCUAAAGAAGCACCUAAACAUUGUGGAUCCACUGAAACAGAACAAUAAUCUAGGGCGCAGCAUCAGCAAAGGUAACUUUUACCGCAUACGUAGUGCAUUUACAUAUGGUGCCCGAAAACUUGGUCGGGUACUUCUACUACCUGCUGAAAAUAUUGCUGCUGAAGUUGGUAUGUUUUUUGCAAGCACCUUGGAGAGGCAUGGAACUGGAGAAAGGCCAGACGUUCAACAAGAUGCAUCUCCUAGUUGUUCAGAUAGCAGAUUUAUUGAGCAUAAUGAGGUUGGCUCUACAUCAUCAAACAAGGAGUCACCUUUAGAUUCACAAGUUAAGUGUUCUGGUGGAGCACUAUGUGACAACAUAAGUAACAUCAAGAUCUCAGAUUUGGAUGAGGGGUAUGGCACCGAAUUGCAAUUCAAUGGACAUAACUCUAAUAAGCAUCUUGAUGGACUUCACAACUGUACUAAAAUGGAAAAUCAUCUCAUGGGAGGAGAAGCUUCAGUUAAGCAUUUGGAUAAAAACGCCAGAGAUCUUGUUAGCAUAGAAGCUUUUAAUUUGAGAGCCGCUGAAAGUUGCUUAGAUUCUUCAUCACAUAAUCAGAUAGGCGGUGACUUGUCAUCUGGAAAAGUUUAUCAUGCACCCCCCUUGUUCUUCCAUGUGGGAAAUGGUUCUGAAUCUGUGAUACUUGAUAAUGUGAAUUCAGUGGAUACUGCAAAGAAAGAAGUGAUUUCUAGCAGGUUUGUGGCCCCCGGUGAGGAACCAAACAAUGAAUCUGAAUCACACGGUACUAGUACAUCUGGGUUUAAAACCAACUCUGUAUCUGCCUCCACUGGCAGCAUUCAUGGAUCUUCAACAACAAGUUGGAAUUCCCAUUUAUCAGAAUAUUUAAAUACUGCAGCUUGGUCAUGUGAGGGAAACGAAAAUAGUAGUCCCAAUUGCAGUAAACUAUCAGAUCUAGUUGGUGAUUUUAAUCUGCACUACAUGAAUCUUCUUUAUGCUUUGAAGUCCCAGAGCCAAGAAUACUUUAUGAGUCAGUACUUUAUGCCAAAUUAUGAACCAUCCCCUUCCCAGUAUCAGAACAAGCAAUCAUGGAAUGGUUUUUCUCAGCAGAGCAUUUACAUGCAUAUUAGAGCAAAUGGUGUCAUCCCUGCACCAUCAUUUUCUUUGAAUCCUGGUGUUUAUGCUGCAAAAGAUAUCCAAAAAACAAAGGGAACAGGAACAUACUUUCCCAACACGAAUUCCCGUUCAUACAGAGAAAGACAGUCACCUGGGAGAGGAAAGAAUCAAACGCCUCCAAAUCAGCUGUCAAGAUCCCGCAACAACAGCCGAUUGGAGGUACAAGAUAGGAACCUACUUGAAGAAAAUAAUGAGACACUUCCACAACCACAGUCUCCUGUUUUCACGGGGGUCCCCCAGCCUUCAUGCUCGGCCACUAGAGAGCUUUCACAUGGCAAUGACAUUGUUCUUGGUUUAAAGGGAAAACUAGAGUUUGGGUCCCUUGGUCCCGUUAAACUAAGAGUCUCCUCACCAGAACAAAGCAAAAAGCUAGAAUCAGUUAGUCCUUCUAAUCAGAGCUCCGCAGCAAUCCUUGAAUCAACAGUUCAGAGACCCUCAACGAACUUGAGAUAUGAAAGGUCAAUGAAACCUUAUCAGCUCAAAGAUGAAAGCGACUUCCCUCCUCUAAAUGGCUGAUUUCUACUGAAGACCAAUUCACACGAGCAGACAUGAGGGGGGCGGCCAUGAAACUAACAAAUGCUGACCACCGGAGCAUCUUUGCUAGAGCAGUGUCGCUGAGGGACGUGUAUAAGAGUGUUAUCUGAUUGUUGCGGUGAAUUUGUUUCUUGUGCAUUCCAACAACUUCUCUCCCUGUUCUUCUUCUUCUUUUUUCGGUACCCUUGGCACCCACCACCCCUUCAUGUGGGUGUAAACAGGCACCCAACUCACAUCCCUCUUUGCCUAACCAGUUUUUCUGUUGCAGGUGGUAAAAAGAUUCUCUGGUUUUGGUUUAUUGUAGAAAAUGUAUUUGGCAGAAUUCUCCUAAUGCAAGUCAGAUUUUCUUUGAUGCCUCUA